AUGUUCCAAACACUGUUGAGGGAUAUCCGAGUGGCUCGAGAUUUAGAUGAUCAAGAUGUAGGUUUAGUCAUCAUUAGACAUCGCGAUUUACAAACGCCAGCCGUCUUUAGCCUGCGUAAAUGGUCAGAGAUUACUGCCGCGAAAAUUUUGGAACUCUUACAAAAACUUUUAAACAGUAAUCAAUCUUUGAGACUGGACGAGUCGUUCGAAAUUUGCAUAGGCUCAAUUCGCUUUCCGCGCGGGGGACGCCGUGUAAAAUUUCUUAAUGCCGAUGAUGCCAUCGAUCAAAAACGGUCCAUCGUCCCCAUUAGAAACAACGAUGAAUUAUGUAUGGCCCGGGCAUUGGCCGUUUGUUUUUGCAAUAAGCAUCAAGUUACCGAUGAACAAUGGGUGGCUGUCGUAGAAAACAAUCCCCCCAAAAGAGGUUCUUUAUUAAAACUUGUUUUUGAUGAAAAGAAAUGCUCAAAAACUAUAUAUGCAGACAUACGAAAGAAUUCCUCCUAUCAGAAAUCUCUCGCCCUUUUGAUAUUGGAACGCUCCCAUAUAUAUCAUGCUGCCAACAGGGCCCUUUCCAUUCAAGACAUUCCAUGCAUUGAGCGCACAUUACAGGCACGGAUCGUCGUCAUUUCAACAGCAUCUGGUAACCAGAUCAUAUAUAAAGGUGCUGUUGGGCUUCCAGACGACAGUCCCACGUAUUUUCUUUUACACGUGAAGGACAGUCAUUUCGGUGCCAUCACGAACAUCAAAGGGUUUUAUUCCCGAAGAAACUUUUGUUAUUCGUGUUUGAAACCAUACGAACAUGCGGAAAAACACGUCUGUGCUUUUUCGUGUGCAGUGUGUGGUUCUAACGCAUGCUCGUUUGCAGGCGCUCGGGAAUGUGACGAUUGUCACAUGCUGUGUCGUUCCGAGGCCUGUUUCGUACGGCACAAAGAGACAAAGGAAGCAACACAACGUUUUCCUAAUCCUCAGUCCAUGUGUCAAAAAAUAUUUUGUUGUCCCGACUGUUCGAAAAUCAUGAAGGUUCGGGACCGGACCCCCGAGCAACACGUGUGCGGGGAGUGGUUGUGUCCCUGUUGUAAACGCUACAACGUGGGCACACACUUGUGUUACCAACGCAUACCCGCUCCCGCAAAGACAAACAGUCCAAGUUUGCCUUCUUUGAUUUUGAAACUCGUCAGGACAGCAUCAUGGAAUGUCAGAAAGGUUACACACCUUCCGAUACAGACUGUGACGUCUGUGUCAAGAAAGGCAUCACACCUUGUCCUCACAGAUCAAAGUGUACCCUGUGGGGAAUCGACGUGCGGCAAGCAAACCCACACUACUAAUUUCGUGGUGUGUCAAACGGCUUGUCACCUCUGUAUGGCUGAGGUGUUGGAAACAUCUUCCAAAUGUCCAGGGUGUGGCAGCCGCUGCUCUAAGUGUGAUAUGAGGGAAGACAAGGGAAACUUCAAGAGGCCCCCCUGUUCCGACACGUGCGGUCACAGAGAGGUAAUUUUUGAAGGGGACUCGACUGCCUACGAUUUUGGCAAGUGGCUCUUUUCCACGUCCCAUAAGGAUUUUGUCGUUCUCAGCCACAACAGCAAAGCCUUUGAUAAUUGUUUUUUGUUGGAGUACCUCAUUUCUCAAGGGAUCACUCCUAGUGACGUAUCCUUUGCCGGUUCAAAGAUAAUGAGCAUGACCGUGGGCAAGGGGUUGAACAUCAAACUGCUGGACAGUUUGAAUUUCAUGCUCAUGGCGUUGAGUGCCCUUCCAAAAGCCUUUGGACUGGCUGAGCUUGUCAAGGGUUACUUUCCUCACCAUUUCAACACCGUGGCUAAUCAACAUUAUCGGGGACCGUACCCAGAAGCUCAUUUCUAUGGGCCUGACACCAUGAGAACUGCAGCUCGCGAACAGUUCCUGGCAUGGCAUGCUCAGACGAUGAAGGAAGGAGCCAUCUUCGAUUUUAGGAAAGACAUGCUCAAGUACUGCAGAGCAGACGUCGAUAUUUUGCGUCAAGCCUGUUUAAAAUUCAGGAAACUGAUUUUAAAUGUGACAGGCCAAGAGCAAGAGACAGGCGUGGAUCCCUAUGACUACACCACUAUUGCAGGGGUGUGUAUGGGUAUCUUCAAGCGAAAAUUCCUAAAAGAGGAAUGGAAAGUUCGUCUUGGAGAUCCAUGUGACGAUGAGGAAGCCCCGUCAGAGGAGGGGGAUGUUUCAGAGUCCUCGAGUAAUGACAUUGUGGAAGAGAUGGAUUCAGAUGAUGGAUGGUUAUCUGCCAAAAAAAUGGGGGACGAAAUGCGGGUCUGCGUUGAUGGGCAGUGGUUACCAAAGGCUGACUAG